UGACGUCACGGUGCGGGGCGGGGGCGGUGCUGUCCCCGCUGUCCCCGCGGCCCCGCAGCCGCCCGGGCGGGACAUGGCCCCUCGCGGCCGCCCCGCCGCCGCCGCCAUGCCCAGGAGGGGCGCCCGGAAACGCCUCAAGUUCCGCGCCGAGGACGUGUGCUCCGAGCGGGUGACGGUGGCAGAUUAUGCCAACUCAGACCCAGCUGUCGUGAAAUCAGGACGCGUGAAAAAAGCUGUGGCCAAUGCUGUUCAGCAGGAAGUGAAAUCCCUCUGUGGUUUGGAAGCUUCUUGCGUUCCUGCCGAGGAAGUUCUCUCCGUAUCGGGAGAGUCUUGCGACAGCAGCGAUGAGAUGGAUACGAAGGAAAGCGUCAACGGGCGAAGUGUGUCUAGAAAGAAGAAGAGCAAAAGGCACAAAGAAAAUCCCGAUGGGGGUGGCGGAGAAGAGUACCCCAUUGAUAUCUGGCUGCUGUUGGCUUCCUACAUUCGCCCUGAAGACAUUGUCCGGUUUUCCUUGAUUUGCAAGAAAGCCUGGACCGUUACUUGCACUGCUGCCUUUUGGACCAGGCUCUACAGAAGGCACUACAGUCUGGACGCGUACCUGCCCCUCCGCCUGCGGCCAGAGUCCAUGGAGAAGCUGCACUGUCUCCGUGCGUGCGUCAUCCGCUCGCUGUACCACAUGUACGAGCCUUUUGCGUCUCGAGUCUCCAGGAAUCCAGCUAUUCCAGACAGUACUCCCAGCACUUUAAAAAAUUCCAGAUGUCUGCUUUUCUGGUGCAAAAAGCUCGAAGGGAACAGACAAGAAGCAAUGUGGGAAUUCAACUUCAAGUUCAAAAAGCAGUCUCCCAGAUUUAAGAGCAAGUGUUGCAAAGGUCUUCAGCCACCAAUUCAAUAUGAAGAAGUCCACACAAAUCCGGAUCAGGAUUGCUGUCUGCUGCAGAUCACCACCUUCAACUUCAUAUUCGUGCCAAUAGUCAUGGGUAUGACGUUUACCUUGUUCACCAUCAACGUGAGCACGGACAUGAGGCACCACCGCGUGCGCCUGGUGUUCCAGGACGCCCCAGUUCGCAACGGCAAGAAGCCUCGUCUGGACCAGGGCGUGCAGGUCGUGCUGGACCCCGUGCACAGCGUGCGGCUCCUGGACUGGUGGCACCCCCAGUAUCCCUUCUCCCCAAAAGCUUAGUGCUCGCCCGAGCCUGCGGCAGCCGGCGGGUGACUGAACCUGACAGGCUGAAGAGAAUUUCUAGGAACCAGGAAAUCCUAUUUUUAUUUCUUAAAUAAGUUCUGCAGUCUCCUUGCAAGUGGUUGAAGCUGCUGAGCCAGUCUGUACGUAUAUAACUUCUGGGCAGUGAUGGGCAAAGAUGAGUGUAAAGUGGAAAUUAUUUGUAAACACACUUUUAUGUAAAAUUCACGUUUUAUGAUUUGAAAGGAGCUCCCUGGAACUGUUCAUUUAAAAUCCUUUUUGGUGCUAAUGAAA